AAGAUGCUGGAAGAGGCUCUGGAAAAGAGUAUGCUCCAGGAAAGUGAAAUGGAACGUCUCUUGGAAGGAACUAGGGAGCAGAACGAGUUUCUGCAAAAUGAAAUUGUGGAGAAAAAUCUUUUGAUUGAACAGAACGCAAUCGAAGGAAAAGAAAUCGAAAGUUGUUUGGAAGAAGAAAAGAAAGCAAGAGAGAGAGAAAUCGAGAUUUUGGAAAAUGAAUUGAGAAGUCUUUUCCAGAAGAUGAUGACGAAGGAGAAAGAGCUGGAAAGUGCUCUGAAGGAGGGAACCGACCUCACCUUGAGAUUAAAGGAAGCUGAAGCCACCAAUCAAGUGUUGGCUUCGGCGAACAAAUGCUUCAAGACGGCCAAUGACCAACUGAAGGAAGCUCUGGAAGAGAAAGAGAAGGAGGGCGACCACCUAAAGAAUUCGAAGGAAGCUUCUACACAAGAAAUAGCUGUUUUACGACAGAAGAAUGCCGAUCUCCAGAAGCAAAUCGAAAAUGAAGAGGAGAAGAACAAAGUUUUAAAGGAAGAAGUUCAGCAGAUGAGAAAUUGGGUUGCUGAACUAGGAGGUCAGAAUGCUAAGAAGGAAGAGGAAUUAGCCAAGAAAGAACUGGAAGUAAAAUCGAUGAAGAAUUCCCUAGAAGAGGCAGAAGAAAAAAAUAAAAUUUUGAAUGAAGAAGUUCAGCAGAUGAGAGACUGGGUAGCUGAACUAGGAGGCCAGAAUGCCAAGAUGGAAGAGGAAUUGGCUGAUAACGAACAGGAAAUCAAUUCACUGAAGAAUUCUUUGCAGACAGAAGAAGAAGAGAACAACAUUUUAAAUGGAGAGGUUCAGCAGAUGAGAAAUUGGGUAGCUGAACUCGGAGGUCAGAAUGCCAAGAUGGAAGAGGAAUUGGCUGAUAACGAACAGGAAAUAAAUUCACUGAAGAAUUCUUUACAAAUGAAAGAACAAGAGAACAAAAUCUUAAAUGGAGAAGUUCAGCAGAUGAGAAAUUGGGUAGCUGAACUAGGAGGUCAGAAUGCUAAGAAGGAGGAGGAGAAUUGGCCAAUAAAGAACUGGAAGAAAAAGGAAGAAGAAGAGAACAAAAGUCUUAAAUGGAGAGGUCAGCAGAUGAGAAACUGGGUAGCUGAACUAGGAGGCAAAAAGGCCAAGUUAGAAGAAGAGUUAGGUUAUAAAGAACAGGAAAUAAAUUCACUGAAAGCAGACGUUCACCUGAUAAGAAACUGCGUAGCUGAAAUCGAAGGUGAAAAGGCUGAGAUGAAGGAAAAGUUAGCUAAGAGGGACCAGGAAGUGACUCUACUGAAGAACUGUUUAGAAAGUGAAGGAGCGAAAAACGGACUUCUGAAUGAAGAACUCGAAAAGAUGAAGAUGCGGUUGGCUCAAUUGGAAGCCAUGAAUUCAAAUAUUAAGGGUGAGUUGACCCGAAAAGAUAAAGAGAUUAUGUCAAUGGCUAAUGCUCUAGAAAAACGAAAAGGAGAGGAAUAA